CCAGUCCUGCCUUUCAUCUCAUCAUCAUCUCGGUUGUCACAAUGUCUCUACAAGGCCUUAUAUCUGGUGCGGAAUGCGCGGUGCCCUUCAAUCCGCUCUCGCAGGUCGUGAAGCACACCGAGGGCGAUCGGAGUCUGCAGCAGGAUAGGGUCGCUGGACCAUCCGGCUCAAGGCUUCACCAUCUACCCACCUCUUCAGCGCCACAUGGAUCCCAGCAAGAUCUCGCCAUGGCCCGCCAAUUCUUCGAGGGUGGGCCGCAACAGGCCGGCGCACCUCCUUCGUUUGCUGUGCCUCGCCACGUUAUGCCUCAUGAGCCGGAACGCUUCAUGAGCGCCCCUGCACAAGCGGGACCUGACCUCACCAAGGCCUGGAACGAGAUGCAGGCUGGGCGCGCUGUGCCCGGAGAGAUGUUACGUUCGCAUACAGCUAGCGGCGGAUGGAGCGCGGAAUUCGAUGGUGUUUCUCAGAUCGCGCGACCUUCGAGUCAGCAGAACAUGCCGAUGCAAUCCAACUUCAACCAGACAUCUUACAUGCAACCCGGCUUGUAUGGCCGGGGCAUGCCCGUUGGUAUGUCAUAUGGCAUGGGCAUGGGCAUGUCGCAGAUGAGCAUGGACCACGGGAAGGGCAAGGCACGCGAUAUCGACUUCGACGCGGCGUUCGCGCAGGUGCACGCGUCCUUUGCGGAUCAAACUGAAGGUGCGCGGAUAACGGAGGUGACGGACGACGAAUUGGAGCAGCUCGCGGAGGGCCUCGAUAGUGCGAGCUUGGAUAAAGGGAAAAGUAAGGCAACAGAGGAUGUGCCGUAUGAGGAAACGAAUUUCCAAGAGGUCUGGGAUCAGCUGCAAAACUCGGAUAUACCGCCGCCGAAGGAAGAGAUGGCGAAAUGGGAGGCGCAGUUCAAUCAGAUGAUGAACGCGCAGCGGGAGGACCUCGAUUUCGACUAUGGUGGGAUGAUGCAGAAAGCUUGGGACAGCACGGGCAAUUCUGAGUUCUCGGCGGACCCUGUGCUCGAGUUUGACGAUCAGGGUAUCCCUGCGCUGGGAGAAUACGUGUUUGAGAAGGGCAACAAGUUUCUUGACCCGACCCAUUCAAGGUCAACGCUACAGCAGGCCAAAGAUCUGCUCGCACAGAAUGGGUCACUCUCGGAGGCCGCCUUACUCCUGGAGGCGGCUAUUCAGCAUGGCGAUCUUGGCGAGGGCGGCUACGAGGCAUGGAUCCUGCUCGGGGAGACGAGGAGUAUGGACGAGCGUGACGAUGCAGCUAUGCGCGCGCUCAGCGAGGGUGUGAAGCGGGCAGAGGCAGCCGGCGCUGCAGGUGCAGGCAUGCUUUCUCUUGCUAUCGCGUAUACGAAUGAGUCACUGGAAAGGGCAUCGCACACGAUGCUUCUGCGCUGGCUGCACGCUCGCUUCCCCGACGCCAAGAUCUCAGAAGAGCAGUGGAAGUCGCUGAGCCUAUCCUCGUGGCAUUCUCAAGAACAGGUCACCGAAGCGUACCUCGCUAUCGCGCGCGAGCAAUACACACGCGGCGAAGUCGAUCCAGACGUUCAGAUCGGCUUAGGGGUGCUGUUCUACACAAGCGGCGACUACAACCGCGCAAAGGACUGCUUCGAGGCCGCGCUGAGCAUGCGGCCCAAGGACUACCUCCUUUGGAACCGCUUGGGCUCGUGCCUGUCGAAUGGCAACAAGCCCGAAGAGGCCUUGGGUGCGUACCGUGAAGCGUUACAGCUCCGGCCCACGUAUACCCGCGCUAUCUAUAACGUUGGCGUAGCCUGUCUGAACAUCGGUGCACACAAGGAAGCGAUCGAGCACUUCUUGAGCGCGCUCGCAUUGCAAGAGUCGUCUGGGGGCGGGAAGAGCGAGCAGCUGUGGACGACGCUCCGGCGAGCAUUCCAAGCCAUGGACCGGAUGGACCUGGCUGAUAUGGCUCGGCCGGAGACGAACCUGGAGGCAUUCCGCGACAAGGGCUUCGACUUCUGACUUUCCGAAGAGAGCGCAGGACGGGAUCCCAGCGGGCGUCGAGGUCGUACGCAUCGCUAUGUGUCAUUGAGUCGUAACGUGUUUUGUUGCGCUAUGUUCCCUGUAUUCUAGCUCGACUAAGCACAGUGAACUAUCUUGCAGCUGUUUGUACAGUAUAGUAACGCAAGUAGUGUUCAGCCUAUAGAACGGAGUGAAUUCGAC